AUGGCUGCUCAAAUCACCGAGUUGAAUCAUGUUCGGAUAGAACAUGACGAGACUCAUCAUCAGCAACUAGAAGAUAAUGAACAUCAUUCUCAACCAUCAUACGUCUCGGAGACUAUCCGAGCCAACGAAGUUCAACCCGAAGAUGACAAGGGAGAGUCCGACGAACUUGUGGGACCCUUCACAGAAGAAGUGAUGAACUUCGAAUUGCCAAAGAGAUUCACCUUGCCACUAACCCUCACACCUUAUGAUGGGCUCGGAGACCCAAAGAAGUUUCUCAAAAAGUUCCGAUCAAUAAUGAUCGUCAACGGUGCAUCAGAUAUUGUUUUAUGCCACUGUUUUCUAAAUUAUUUAGACGGUCCUGCACUUGAUUGGUUGUGUGCUUUGCCUGCAGGUUCUAUCUCGCGAUUUCAGCAACUGGCCAAGCUAUUUGAAGAUCACUUCGCCAAAUCAACAAUAUACCUGCAUGAUUCUGAAUAUCUGAAUACAAUCAAGCAAGGACAAAACGAAAGUUUGAAGGACUAUAUGACCCGUUUCACAAAAGUCGCCAUCAGCAUACCCGACCUCCAUCCCGAAGUCUAUUUGCACGCAAUCAAGAGCGGCCUCCGACCUGGGAAGUUCCAGGAAAUAAUUGCGGUAGCCAAGCCCAAAACCCUUGCCGAGUUCUGGGAGAAAGCCGAAGGCCAAAUCGAUAUCGAUGAGCUCAGACAAGCUCGAAAAUCUGACAAACUGAACUACAGAGACGAUGACAGAACUCCGAACAGUAAGAAAGGUUUUAAACUAACACCUCGCUUUGAUUCUUACAUGCAGUUUAACACUAAAUGGGAGGACAUCAUCAAAGAGAUUCUAAAUUCAAAACUCAUCAAGCCACCAAGAAAGGUCGGCACCUACCAAGACACUAAGAAUGUAGACAAAUCUAAAUAUUGUGCCUUCCACCAGAAGCACGGCCAUACCACUGAUGAUUGUGUGGUAGCAAAGGAUCUUUUAGAACGUUUAGCUCGGCAAGGCCACCUCGAUAAGUACAUCGGCGGUCACAUUCAAAAAUGUUCCACACCUUCAAGGAACGAGGAUUCAUCAGAACAACAACACCGAGGAAAAGAAAGGACAACACCAAAUCAAUAUGAAAAGCCCCGAGGUAUAAUCAAUUGUAUUUCAGGUGGAUACGCCGGUGGAGGAUCAUCAAGCUCGGCAAGAAAACGAUCAUACCGAGCUAUAUGCUCGGUAGAUGGGUCCCGUCUUGAAGCAACUCUCACAACACAACUCCCCCAAGUGACAUUCACACACGCCGACUUUAAUUCAAACAUAAACAACUUGGAUGACCCUGUAGUCAUCACCCUUCAAUUGGGCGAUCUAUUGGUAAGGAAAGUACUUCUGGAUCCAGGAAGCAGCGCCGACGUUCUAUUCUACACAACAUUCCAAAAAAUGAAGCUCAGCGACAACGCACUCCAGCAAACAGGAGGUCUCCUCGUGGGGUUCUCGGGUGAGCGAGUACCAAUAUUGGGGUCAGUGUGGUUACAAACCACACUGGGUGAGCAUCCUGUUUCCAAAACAUGUGAUAUUCAAUAUUUAGUUGUUGAUUGCUUUAGCCCAUACAACCUCAUACUAGGCCGACCUUUCUUGAAUAAGUUCGGCGCCAUUGUAUCUACAGUUCACCUGUGUGUCAAGUUCCCUUCGCAGCAUAACCAGGUUGUAACAAUCCAUGGAGAUCAUAAAGAGGCGCGCCAAUGCUACAACAUCAGCAUGAAGCUACCAACCCAUUUCAAACAACAAGUCAACAACCUACACCACGCAGCAAACAACUCGGCAUUAGCUGACCUUGACCCACGAGCCGACUUUCUGGAGCGACCUACACCAUCCGAAGACUUAUAG